AAAAUAAGAAAAAUGAAAAGCAAAAGAAGGUCAUCUAACCGCGAUUCAAGCUUGGGGGUUGGCGGUUUGAAUCUCCACCGGCCUAUUCGGCCGCUUUCACUUUCCGCUAGGUGUCCAUCUUCUUCACGGCUGUUCUCCGUUCAACAACAUUCUCCGUCAAACCCCCCACUUAUAGCUUUCACACUUCCACCCACGCGCAUAAUGUGAUUCCCUCUCUCUCUCUCUCUCUCACACGAAUUUUCCUUUAGUCUCUAGCUAGUGUUCUUGAUGAGUUUUGUAAUGGAUUCGAUCAUCUUACCGGCGGCUUGUAUUUCCGCUGUUGUUUCUGCUUCACAAUUACGUCGGUUACGGUGUACGUCUUCACACUCUAGCGGUUUGCGCGGCCGGAAACUAUCCGUUACUGAUUCCUCACUGCGGUUCUCCAACCGCGAUCAUAGUUGGUCGCCGGCCGUUCAUUCAGUCGCUGCUGAUACGACUAAUUCCACGCCUCCAAGAGAUGGAAUAUAUACAGUUGGUGAUUUUAUGACGAGAAAAGCGGACUUACUUGUAGUAGAGGAGACAACACCGGUUGACAAGGCACUAGAGAUUCUUGUGGAGAAAAGAAUUACCGGAUUUCCAGUGAUUGAUGCUGAUUGGAAUUUGGUUGGUGUGGUAUCAGAUUAUGACUUGUUGGCGCUUGACUCAAUAUCAGGUGGUAGUCAUGGUGACACAAGUUUGUUUCCUGAUGUUGAUAGUUCUUGGAAAACGUUCAAUGAGAUUCAGAAACUAGUUGGUAAAACUGAUGGGAAAGUCGUUGGGGACUUGAUGACACCUGCUCCACUUGUUGUUCAUGAAACCACUAACCUUGAGGAAGCUGUAAGGUUGUUGCUUGAAACAAAAUACCGUCGGCUGCCAGUAGUGGAUGUUGAUGGGAAGCUGGUUGGACUUAUUACACGGGGAGAUGUUGUUCGGGCUGCACUCCGGAUAAAAGAUGCUAUUAAGAAGAUGCAAUUAUCACAAGAUUGAUGCUAUUAAGAACCAAAUUGGAUUAUUGCUGCUGUGAAGGCAUCCUUGGAGUGGAAUGAGUAAAUUAAUCAGCAACAUGAUGAGGUAUUUUGAUAGAUUGUAUAUAUAUAGACCUUUUCUGGUAUUCCUUAUUGCAUUGGUAUUUAAUUCCACAUUUUUUGAAGAUAUUAGAGCAUCCACAUUGAAGAAGACAAAUGUUGCUCUUUAAACAAUCCGGUUGUAUUUUGCUUUAAUAAUUCUAUAAUAACAUGUUUAUAAAACA